AUGGGGAAGCACACGAAGUUUGAUAGCAGUGACGACGAGAAAGAUUCGAGGUACAGUGGUUUUCAGUGGGGAGUGAGGUUGGCUGGCAAAAAUUGAAUUUUUAGAAAUGAUAUACAUUUUUACACUUCACGUCAAUUCUCAUAAUAAAUAGAUACUUUUAAAUGCAUAAUUUUGAAAUUUAGAAAUUCUGCCUUUUUGUCAGCCUAAUGGGAGGGAAAACUUUGAUAUCAAGAUUUCUUGAUAAUAAUGCUAAUCUGAAACUAUGCAGCUUCCCAUUGUAGAGAAGAAAAAAAUCAUGAACAUCGGAGAGAAGAAAAGAAAAAGCAUCGAGAGGAGAAGAAAAAUCGUGAUAGAUCACCAAGAGAGGACAAACAUCGGGUAAGUUUUUUUUUAACUUUUUAAGCACAUGGUACGAAACUAUAUAUAUAUUUAUUUAUUUUCAGGAGAAAGAACGAGAACAUCGAGGAAACAAGUAUGAAAGAGGCGAUAGAGAUCGGGAUGAUAAUAGAAGACGAGACAGAGAUCGAGCAGAUCGUCAUAGAGAAUAUGAUAGAAGAGAUAGAGAUCGAAAUAGGGAGCAAAAUGAUAAGUGAGUUUUUUAAUAUAAGGAAUCUCUGAGACACGAAAAUCAAUCAAGUAUAUUUUUCCAGAAAUCGUUUAAGUCAAGAAGAGAUCAAAGCUCAACGCAAAGCACUUUGGGGAAACAAACCAAAAACUGAGGAAUCAACAAAAGAAACCGAUGCAACUCCAUCUUCUUCCACUUCUGUCGCAAAAAACGAGAAACUCUGGUCAUCAGCUAUUGCUGCAACUGGUGUUGAUCAAUCACAAGCAAGUAAAUUCAUGCGUCUUAUGGGAGUCAAAAAUGCGCCAAAAGCAAACGAGAGUAAUGGAAGUGAUGAGCGCGAAAAACAGACGAAACUAUUGUCAGAUUUGGAAAGACAAUAUGCAAUUGCACGAGAAACAACACAUAUGGGAAAAGGUAAUGGAUUGGGUUUUCAUUAA